GGCGCCCCCCCGCUGCCCUGCCCCGCUCUGCUGUAUGGACGAGCACCGGAGCCUGCUGCGCUCGCCGGCCGCCUCCUCCUCCAGCAGGCAUCCGCGGGGCGGCGGCAGCAGUAGCAGCCACCACAACCCGGGCUACACGGAGCCGCCGCCCCCCGAGCCCCCCCAGCCCGGCCCCGAGCAGGAGGAGGGGGAGGAAGCAGAGGAAGAGGAGGGCGGCAUGACCGUGGUGGUGGGUGGGGGGGACCCCCUGCUGGAGGAGCCCCAGCACCCCCACCCGCUGCUGGCAGGGGAACGCUACGACCACCCACCGGCCCAUGUCCCACUGCCCCCCGGCCACCACCCGGUGGGUGGCGGGGAGCACGAGUGCUGCGAGCGAGUGGUGAUCAACAUCUCGGGCCUGCGCUUCGAGACUCAGCUCAAGACCCUGGCCCAGUUCCCCCAGACCCUGCUGGGCGACCCCCGCAAGCGGAUGCGCUACUUCGACCCCCUGCGCAACGAGUACUUUUUUGACCGCAACCGGCCCAGCUUCGACGCCAUCCUCUAUUACUACCAGUCUGGGGGCCGCAUCCGGCGCCCAGUCAAUGUGCCCAUUGACAUCUUCUCGGAGGAGAUCCGCUUCUAUCAGCUGGGCGAGGAGGCUAUGGAGAAGUUCCGUGAGGACGAGGGCUUCAUCCGCGAGGAGCAGAGGCCCCUGCCCGACAAGGAGUUCCAGCGCCAGGUGUGGCUCCUCUUUGAAUACCCGGAGAGCUCCGGGCCGGCCAGAGGCAUCGCCAUUGUCUCGGUCCUUGUCAUCCUCAUCUCUAUCGUCAUUUUCUGCCUGGAGACCCUGCCUGAGUUCAGGGACGAUCGUGACUAUGAGGGGACGGGGGGGACCUUUGGCACAAGCAGCGGCCCCUUGGCGAUGGAUGUCUUCACCAACUCCUCCUCCGCGGCUGUCUCAAUGGUAUCGUCCUUCACCGACCCCUUCUUCGUGGUGGAGACACUGUGCAUCAUCUGGUUCUCUUUUGAGUUGCUUGUCCGCUUCUUUGCCUGCCCCAGCAAGGCCACUUUCUCCAAGAACAUCAUGAACAUCAUUGAUAUUGUGGCCAUCAUCCCCUACUUCAUCACCUUGGGCACGGAACUGGCUGAGAGGCAGGGGAACGGCCAGCAAGCCAUGUCCCUGGCCAUCCUCAGGGUCAUUCGGCUGGUCAGGGUCUUUCGUAUUUUCAAGCUCUCACGACACUCCAAAGGGCUGCAGAUCCUGGGGCAGACCCUCAAGGCCAGCAUGAGGGAGCUGGGCUUGCUUAUCUUCUUCCUCUUCAUUGGAGUCAUCCUCUUCUCCAGCGCUGUCUACUUCGCAGAGGCAGAUGACCCCACCUCAGGCUUCAGCAGCAUCCCCGAUGCCUUCUGGUGGGCGGUGGUGACCAUGACCACGGUGGGCUAUGGGGACAUGCACCCAAUCACUAUUGGGGGCAAAAUUGUGGGGUCCCUCUGUGCCAUUGCUGGGGUGUUGACCAUUGCCCUUCCCGUGCCUGUGAUAGUCUCCAAUUUCAACUACUUCUACCACCGGGAGACUGAAGGCGAGGAGCAAGCCCAAUAUCUGCACGUAGGGAGCUGCCAGCACCUCUCCUCUACGGAGGAGUUGAGGAAGGCACGUAGCAAUUCCACCCUGAGCAAGUCGGAGUACAUGGUGAUAGAGGAGGGAGGCAUCAACAACACUGCAUUCAAACAGGCUGCCUUUAAGACGGGCAACUGCACAGCUACAAACAAUCCCAAUUGUGUGAACAUCAAAAAGAUCUUCACUGAUGUUUAAAAAAAAAAAGCCUCUGAGGAAAUGUUGAAAUAAUAAUAAUAAUGCAAAGUGACCAUGUAAUCAGUAUUGUCUGGAACAUGCAUCAUCAUUGGUCUGUGUGCGCCCUUGUCCAACACCUAUAUUUUUUAGAUCAUUCCUUUUAAAGAACAAGGAAGAGGAUUACAAAAUAAUCAGAAGAUAAGAGGAUGGGGGUGUUUGCGGAAAGAAAGAUCAGAGGACAAAAAAGAAGAACACGCUCCCCGUUGAAACAGGUGUUUUUUCUGCAACACGUUGCAGGGCUGCUUUGUGGGUUUUUUUUGUGGGCAGCCGGCCUCUUUUCUCGUUUUUGCAAAGAGUCGCUGUGUAGCCGGUUUCCCUUCCGAUCACGCACACACGCACUUGUUGGACUGAAAACCGUGAGUUGGAAGGGAAGAAAAUAUUAUAUUGCAGAGCCUGUUGGCGGGCAAGGGGAGGGCAUAACCAUUUAAUUUUGCAAAGCAUCUCUGCUACCACAUUGUUAAAUGAUGCUUAAUACUGAACGUGUGGUAUAUGUCCUUUAUGGGCACAUCUUUGAUUUCUUUUCUUCCCCAGCCAGAUCAUCUAUGAAAUUCUAAUCUGUUCAGAGACCCAAGUGUAAUCAGUUUUGAUUUAAUCAGAAAAAUGCCCUCCUUCUCUAUUCCUAAUUCCCUUCUCCCACAACUGUAUGGAAUUGUUUCAUCCAACCCAAAAUUCCUGGCUGCACGGUGUGUAUGGGGAAAUGUUCUUCCCAUGUGGAAAGGUUUAACAAUUGACUAACUGAACAGCAUCCUGAGCGUUUGAACAUCCUAUCAUGCAAAUGCAGAUUGGGGAUAGUUAAGCUCCCAUUAAACCAGUAAUGGGCUUUUUGAAGUGACUCCAGCCUCAGACAAAACCUACCAAGAGCCUAGAAACAAAGAGUGGGGGUAUUUUUGUCCAUUUCCAGUGCAUCUGAGAUAAGCGUCUGCAUCUAUCACAAGAAGAUUAAAGUGACAAACGCCUUCCAGCGGAAGUUACUAAUUCGGACCUGAGUGAUGCAGUUUCCAUAGCAACCCUGGUUUCCUGGGAAACCCCAAAAGGUUGUCAUGGUAUCCCUUCGCCCCAUCCCCCUUCAUCCUGUGCUGUUUCCACAGUAACCCUUCCAGAUGGUUCCAACUUCUGUGAUUCCACGGAAAAGCCGCUGCCCUGGUAAACUGCACACACACAUACCGAGAGUUAAUCCCAGAGAGAUUUAGGAGUAGAAACUAGUUAUUAUCCUAGAUGCAUGGUUCUUUAGAUCUGAAACAUUCCUGAAGUCCUGGUACCUACCGAAUCAAGAAGCAAGAUGAUCAUCCCUGGAAUGCUGCUGCGCACAUGUGCUGAAUAAAACACCUGUUCAUAGGCAAUAAAUGCAACAAACCUCCAAAUUCCCCUCGCUAUCAAGUUAAUAUCUGGGCAGUAAAAUUGAAAAUUGAUUCUCUAUAUGCAAAUCUAUACAUCUGCUCAGAAGUUCUAGAAAGGCGAUCUCAUCCCUGACAGAAUAAACCAUACUUAAACUGAUGGUACGUGACCUAGAUUUUUCAAAAACCUCCCUCCAACUCCAAACAGCAAUUCCACUUUCAAGUGUAUACGGAACUGAACAACCAGACAGGAAACUUUAUAACACAAAAGGAUAUCAAUCUUUUGACAUUGGGGUAUGUGGAGGGGGAGUAAGCAGAGGCCUAUAAAGUGCAGGGGUGCAAAGUAACCAAAACCCUGAGGGAAAAUAUGCCUGCCUCAUCUCAUCCAAGUCAGCAGCUGCGGAACAUCAGACAGAAACAGGGCACGAAGAUUUCAGAGGUUCUUAAAGGGAAUCUGUGCGCAAGAUGUGUUCCACUUUGCCUUAAAAAAAUAAAAUCCAAACACCUUGUUUUUCUUUCAAAGCUGUUAUUUACCCUGCCCAACAGAUAACAGAAGUCGUCUCAAAGUAAGAGCUACAAAAACUGUAGCUGGCCAGUAAAAUAUUUAUUAAAAGAAUUAGACACAUUGAGAAUGCAGUGACUAGUUAUAUUCUGUACUUCAUGGACUGAACUGAUGGAUGGAUGGCCUACCCUCUUAUGUAUGCAGUACUUUAAAUUCUAGUGGCAUAAAGAGUUCUACAUGUUAUCUGUGUUUUCUAACAAGUGCAUUAUGUAGAAGGGAACAUCUUUUCAGCCAGAAGAUUAUCUUCAAACCACGUGCAAUAUAAUAAUGAGACCGAACAAAGCCAGGAAAAAGCAGAAAGGGGUGGAAAGUCAUUUGGACCUUAUUUCAGCCUUUAAAAAAACAAAAACAAAACCCCACAUACUCAUGAAAGAUUAAACAACCAGACCGGAAAUGUUAAACAGAGCAGCUAAUAAACAAUCCAAAUAUUUUGUUUGUAACAAUUCAACUGCUCAUGCUGUUUUAUUUCAAAUGACUAUCACAGGCUGCGUCCAGCCACGAGAAAUGAAUGAGUCAUAUUCUAUUUUUCUGUGAAAUGUUGGUUAUAACUAGGUAUGUUCUGUACCAAAGGAUUUCCAGUUUACUCUAGCCCUAAUUACUCUAGGAGAAAACAUCAUCCACGGACGCCGAAGAGGAAGGUGUUGAAGUGUCAGCUAACAAGUUGUGCCUGGCUUUAUAAAGCAAUUCCGUUUAAAAGAAAACUGAAGUGUCCAGGCAGAUAGCUGUGGGAACUAUGCGUGACUAAUAGGGACUCUAGCAUAACCAUAAUUCACUCCUCAUUUCACAGACGUCAAUACUCCCUUUUCUACAGUAUGUUGAACUUUAUCAGGAGUGCAUAUUAUAGUAUUGGUUUAGAAUACUAUAAUAAAAAAGGAGUCCGUUAUUCAUUUAACAACUGCUGUUUUAUUUUACAUUUGUUUGUUAUUUUCCCACUGACAUCCAAUGCACGGGGUUAAAGAGAGAAGCAGCAAAUCCGCUGAUAAAGCGGAUCCUCUCGCGUUUGGAGUGAUGUCUAGGAGACACUGCCAAUGACAAUGAUGUCAGCUAGUAGGUGAGCAAUUGCAAAGGGAAGGGGAGUGCAUCACAAAGAAUCCGUUGUUCAUUUAUUGACCAUUAUGAUACUUGGUUGUUUUUGCUAGUAACACUAGUGUAUUAAAUAAGGCCCAGAUUUUAGCAUAUGGCCGAGGAGCCUACAACAUCAACCGGGGAAUGGGUGUGAAAAGAUACUGUAAAGCUCACCUUUACACUCCUGCCCCAUCCCAGGCUGCCGGUACUCUAGUCGGGUCCCGUGGUAGAAGUUAUGUUGGCUGCAAAGGCCUUAGGGUACAUCUACACAGCAAACAAACAUCAUUGGCUGGCCUGGAUAAGCUGACUCAGGCUUCCAGGGCUCUGGCUACAAAACCACUGUGUAAAUGUUUGGGCAAAAUAGCAGCUAGGGAUUGAGGAAUGCAGGGAAGUCCUGAGAACACCUCCCACACCACUGGCAGCAGGAAGCGGGGUGGCCUAGGUGCUGUUGACUGACUCUGUGCCACCAGAGUAUCCCCUACACUGGUUACACCAGCACCGGCUCUUGUGUCAGCAGCAGCACACCACAGCUAAGACACUUGUCCAAACCCUGCUCAGGCACAUGGGACUUCAGUACAGCAUCCUCUGCUCUGAAAUCUUUGCUCGGAAGUGUGGGAAGAUGCCAUGUUAGGGUAUGAAUCUUAAGGUGUGCAGAUCAGUGAGGUACAAGUGUAAUCACUGCUUGAUGGGAAAACUAGCAAUAGGCUUUUCCCUUCUCCCCCACUAAUAUAUAUAGCGCCCAGCUGCAUUCUAAGCAAAUGAUUCGUCUCCCCGUCCAGAAACGUAGCCACCUGGGAGAUCAGAUGCGUGGGUGUGAGGUGCGCUAGCUAAUCUGCUGUGCCUAUGUUUUUCCUAGGACAGUACAGCAAAAUAGCAGCUCUCUGUACUUUCAAUGAUAGGACUUAAGCAAAGCCAAACUGCGAAGAGGCAGCCAAGCCCCAGUGCGUGGCUCUAAAAGGCUCUCUCCUGCCCACAUUUUGUUUUUGGACAUUCAUACCCCUGCAUCGCUCCAUCUGACGCUCUGCCUACAUCCGCUCAAAGCUGUACCAAACACUGACAAGUAUUUCGCAGGAGGAGAAGGGUUAUGACUGCAAUGGGUUUAGAGUCUUGUACAAAAGCAAAUAUAGAUAGGGCCUGAGCCAAAGCCUGUUGAAGCCGAUGGGCUUCGGAUGAGGCUCUGCAUGGUAUUACUUAAAAAAAAAAGUGCAUUGUUUAUUUUUAACCAUAUCACGGCAGCUGUUUUCGCAGAGGCUGCUUGUCAACCCAGACUGGACUGGCUGAGAUGGAGUUGGUUCUGUCUGCUGUGCAGGAUGCAGAAGCAACAGCAGAGCCACCAACACGUGAAGAAGAAAUAGCAUGAGCAGAGGCAUUGAAAACACGAGGAGUGGAGACUUUCUGUGGGGGCCGUUAUUCUCUUUUGGGAGAAUACAUCAUUUGGAAGACAAAGGCUGUAUUGCAUUUCGCAAGUGAAGGCAAAGUAAAAGUGCACCCAGUCACGCCUUCUAAAGGCAAUUUAAUUGUGGCUGAUAUCUGCAAAAGAGCAGGAAAAUGGAGCAUCUUCAUUCUCACAAUCUGAUGCAGGCUACUCAUCUUUAGUCAUAGCCUUUCAAAACCACAUACUGGGAGAUGCUGGAAGCCUAUGCAUUAUAUGUGAUCUUUAGAAAUUGGGCACCAUGCAGUUCUCCUUUGAGCCCAACACAACUGUUGUCUUCAUGGAGUUUAAGGCCAGAAGGGACCAUCAGAUUAUCUAGUCUGACUUCCUAUACAUCACAGGCCACCAACACCCCCCAGCACCCACACACUAAACUCAACAACCAACAUUAGACCAAGGUAUCACAGCCCAUAGUAGUCUAGAUUAUUAAUAAACAUAGGGUCCAAUCCUCCAGCCCUGAGCUAUGGACUUCAAUAAGGCUGCUUAUCUGAGUACAGGAACAAUCUUGCUGCCCUAUAUUGGUUGGUAUGGGGUGUGAUCCUUUCCUCUCCAAUAGGCAACAUGAAAGCAUUGA